CCCAGACAGGCGGGGCGGGCGGCCGCGGGCAGGACUCGGGGCCCCCCACGCCGCCCGGGAUGUCGCGCCGAAAGCAGCGGAAGCCCCAACAGUUAAUCUCGGACCGCGAAGGUCCCAGCGCGCCGGAGAGCGGCGACGCCAGCGAGGACGACCACCCCCAGGUCUGCGCCAAGUGCUGCGCGCAGUUCACCGACCCAGCCGAAUUCCUCGCGCACCAGAAUGCGUGUUCUACCGAGCCCCCUGUCAUGGUGAUAAUCGGGGGCCAGGAGAACCCCAGCAGCUCCGCGACGUCUUCCGAGCCCCGGGCGGAGGGUCGGAGGAGCCCCCAGGUCAUGGAGGCCGAGCACAGCACCCCGCCGGCCCCCGGGGGCGCCGCGCCCGCGGACCCCAGCUGGGCCCCGGAGCGGAGAGUGGAGGAGCCCGCGGGCCACUUCCUGGUCAACGCCACCGGCACGGGCGCGGGGGGCGGCGGGGGCCUGAUCUUGGCCAGUCCCAAGCUGGGAGCGACCCCGCUGCCUCCCGAAUCCGCCCCCGCGCCGCCCCCGCCGCCCCCGCCGCCGCCGCCGCCCCCGGGGGUGGGCAGCGGCCACCUGAACAUCCCGCUGAUCCUGGAGGAGCUGCGGGUGCUGCAGCAGCGCCAGAUCCACCAGAUGCAGAUGACGGAGCAGAUCUGCCGCCAGGUGCUGCUACUCGGCUCCCUGGGCCAGGCCGCGGGCACGCCCGCCAGCCCCUCCGAGCUGCCCGGGACGGGGCCCGCCGCCUCCGCGAAGCCCCUGCUGCCCCUCUUCAGCCCCAUCAAGCCUGUGCAAAGCGGCAAGACGCUGGCGCCGUCCUCCUCCUCGUCGUCGUCGUCGUCCUCAGGGGCCGAAGCGCCCAAGCAGGCGUUCUUCCAUCUGUACCACCCGCUGGGGGCGCAGCCCGCUUUCCCCACCGGGGGCGCCGGGCGGAGCCACAAGCCGGCCGCCGCCGCCUCCGCAGCCCUGUCCGGCAGCGCGGAGCCGCUGAUGGCCUCGCCGCACCUGGCGUUCCCGGGCGCCACGGGGCUGCUGGCGGCGCAGUGCCUGGGCGCGGCUCGGGGCCUCGAGGCCGCCGCCUCCCCGGGGCUGCUGAAGCCAAAGAACGGAAGCGGUGAGCUGGGCUACGGGGAAGUGAUGGGCCCCCUGGAGAAGCCCGGCGGCCGGCACAAAUGCCGCUUCUGUGCUAAAGUGUUCGGUAGUGACAGUGCACUGCAGAUCCAUCUGCGUUCCCACACAGGUGAGCGGCCCUAUAAGUGUAAUGUCUGUGGCAACCGCUUUACCACGCGCGGCAACCUCAAGGUGCACUUCCACCGACAUCGCGAGAAGUACCCGCACGUGCAGAUGAAUCCGCAUCCGGUGCCCGAGCACCUGGACUACGUCCUGACCAGCAGCGGCCUGCCCUACGGUAUGUCGGUGCCGCCGGAGAAGGCCGAGGAGGAGGUGGCCGCGGCGGCCGGCGGCGGGGAGCGCAAGCCCCUGGCGGCCUCCAGCGCGGCGCUCAGCGCCACCGAGAGCCUCACGCUGCUGUCCACCGGGGCGGGCGCAGCCGCCACCCCCGCGCUCCCUGCCUUCAACAAGUUCGUGCUCAUGAAGGCCGUCGAGCCGAAGAGCAAGGCCGACGAAAACACGCCCCCCGGCGCCGAGGGCUCAGGCACGGCCGGGGUGGCGGAGGGGGGCCCGGCGGCCCGCCUGCAGCUGAGCAAGCUGGUGACCUCGCUGCCCAGCUGGGCGCUGCUGACCAGCCACUUCAAGUCCGCAGGCGGCUUUCCCUUCCCCUACGUGCUGGAGCCUCUGGGGGCCUCGCCGUCUGAGACGUCCAAGCUGCAGCAGCUGGUGGAGAAGAUCGACCGGCAGGGGGCCGGCGCCCCGUCGUCCGCGACCUCUGGGGCGCCCCCCGCCUCGGGGCCCACGGCCUCGGCCGCCGCCUCGGGCCCCAACCAGUGCGUCAUCUGCCUGCGGGUGCUGAGCUGCCCGCGCGCACUGCGCCUGCACUACGGGCAGCACGGGGGCGAGCGGCCCUUCAAGUGCAAGGUGUGCGGCCGGGCCUUCUCCACGCGGGGCAACCUGCGCGCGCACUUCGUGGGCCACAAGGCCAGCCCGGCCGCCCGCGCCCAGAACUCCUGCCCCAUCUGCCAGAAGAAGUUCACCAACGCCGUGAGCCUGCAGCAGCACGUCCGCAUGCACCUGGGGGGCCAGAUCCCCAACGGGGCCGCCGCCCCGGACCAGGGCGCCGAGCUCCCCGCCGUUCCCGGGCCCGGCCCGCAGCCGCCGUCCCAGCAGCCGUCCCCCGAGGAGGAGCUGUCGGAGGACGAGGACGACGACGAGGACGACGACGAGGACGGGACUGACGAAGACUCCCUGGCGGGGAGAGGCUCGGAGAGCGGCGGCGAGAAGGCCAUCUCGGUGCGCGGGGACUCGGAGGAGGCCUCCGGGGCCGAGGAGGACGUGGGGGCCGCGGCGGCGGUGGCGGGGCAGGCCGGGCAGGCCGGGCCGCGGCCGGAGGGCGACGAGCAGGGGGCGCAGCAGCCUUGCCUGGCCGCCCCGCCGCCGCCCGAGCGCCCCGAGGAGACGCAGCCCCCGGAGCAGGGAGGCGCGGCCGCGGCCCUGGGCGCGCAGGAGCAGGAGCGGGGCGAGGCGGAGGCGGAGGCAGCGGCGGCCCGGGAGGGGCCCCGGGAGGGGGAAGGCGGCGGCGGCGACCCUGGGGAGGAGCUGGGCGCCCCGGAGGCGCGGAGGAAGGAGGCGGGCGAUGGCAGUGGCCGGAAGGCAUGCGAGCUGUGCGCGCAGACCUCCCUGGAGGAGCCGCAGAAGGCCCACCCCGGGGAAGGGCCGCUCUUCACUUGUGUUUUCUGCAGGCAGAGCUUUCUCGAGCGGGCCAUCCUCAAGAAGCACAUGCUGCUGGCUCACCACCAGGUACAACCCUUUGCCCCCCACGGCCCUCAGAAUAUUGCUGCUCUUUCCCUGGUCCCAGGCUGCUCACCUUCCAUCACUUCCCCGGGGCUCUCCCCCUUUCCCCGAAAAGAUGACCCCACGAUCCCGUGAGCCUGCUUUUCCGCACCUGCUGCCCCUGGAUGCAGGGAGCAGAAGCCGAGAGCUCUGUAGGAGGACCUCCGAGACGGAUGCGCCCCCCCCCCCCGUUUGUCUUUUUCUCUGAGUCCUUCCGUGAUACAUCCCUAGUGACUCUUCUCUAGUCCCCGAGCUUGGAAAUAGUUGUGCUCUCGGGGGAUGGCCGCCUUGUGAACUUUUCUUCCCUCUUCACUCGUUGUACCUGAGGAAAAUAGACUCUCUACAGCUUUCAGCUUACCAAGGGGAACCCCCCUCCACCUUCCCUGGGGUGACCCUCCUCCCCUCUCCUUUCUUCCUCUCCCUUUCCCUUUGGCAGGUGCACCUGAGCACCCACAUUUGGAAUUGCAGCCCAGCCCGAAGGGGCCGGCAGCUGUCUCUGGAGGGCCCAGUGCCACUCCUCUCUGGUGACCAGGUCAACCUGCAGGACUUCCUGUCCCAGGACGUUCCUGCCCAACUGGUGAGGGUAGGUCCCCUGUCUUUCUGGAACCAGUACACAGCUUUCCUGUCAAGUGACCUGCCCACCAAGCCCCGGAGUUCCAGCUCCACCUCCACUACCACUUUAGGCCUGGCACCACCCGUGCUCUUUGGCCCGGGAACUGUGGCUGGGAACGUGCCUCCAGCAAUGGCAUCCAGAGAGGCCAAGGAGAAGAGAGCCCCCUUCUUCCUAUUUCGGUCUCCUGCAUCCAAGGCAGUGCCUGGGAAGCCCAUCAUAGAAGAGAAGUAGCAGACUGUACACUUCCUCCUUUUCCCUGCUCCAAAAGGUGCCAGCAAUGAAGACGCGACAGUAUCUGCAUCUGGUGUUUCGGCCCUAAGGGAGAGGGAGAAGUGAGGGGCAUAUGGGAGAGUCUUCCCAGUAAACUCUCGUUCAGGCCAAGGUGUUGGCUGGUUAAUAUGCCAAGACACCUCCAGCUUCUCCUAUCCCUUCAUCAUGGCCUCUCAAAGUUAGGAAACAAGCAGGUGUCUUGCCAACAGAUCUCCCCCGGGGUAUUUAGGGAAAUGUGAAGUUCAUACCUUUAAGAAGCAUUAUUGGUGAGGGUCGUUGAAGGAGUAGUCAUGGAGAGCUGAAGAGUGUUGCUAAAGCAGAGGGCUUGCUGGGAACCUAUGAGACUAAGAAAGGGGCAUGAUGUGAGGGAGGGGAUCUCGAAUUCUUGACUGGACGAGUCUCAUGAAUGUUCUUUUGGACUAUUAGUGACUUAGUGUGCAACAGUGCGCCACAGGUCAUAGGGAAUUUCCUAGCACUAGUGUGCUUCUAGUUUUAGAUAACUCCCUCCUUUAAUUCCCUGGCCCCUUGGAUUUUCCUCGUCUUCCUUUCUCAAGGCCUAUUUCCUCCCCAUUUUGCCUGUCUAUGGACCGGGGCUUACGUCUUUGCCACUGUCUGGUUCUUAGAGUCCCAGACUUUGGGAGAUGAGCUCUAGGUGGUGUUCUCCCUGCCUCUCCGUCUUGUAAUGAGAUGUAGUAUUUACUCUUAACAUAGGAUCAUUUGGAACAGGAGUUCUGAGGGGGAGAGAGCGAGAAUUCUGCUACUGACUGACUUGAAUGAUGGUUUCUCCUCCAAAGGUAUAGGCUCCAGAGCUUCCUAACAUAGUAAAAUGUGAAGAGCAGACAAGGGAGAUAGUAGUGUCUUUCCAUGUUCAUUAAAAGUGUUUUAACCAAA